UUUGAGUUAAACCCCCCAAAAAGCAGACAUUUUUUUAUAUAAUAAUUGUAUUCCGUAUUACGUAAAAGUACAUGACGUUUUCUACGUGUGAGGAAAUGGACUUUACAGAGUGCUACGGGGACACUGUCUCCAGUGUUGCUGCUGCAGCUCGUUCAGGCUGUAGGAAGAGGGUGAGGAGGCUGAUGAAGAGAGGCUUCAGUGCAGACUGUCGAGACAACCGCGGCUGGAACGCCCUGCAUGAGGCGGCAGCCGCUGGCAGUCAGGGUUGUGUGCAGGAAAUUCUCUCAGCUGUCGCAGCGGGUUCCUCCUCCGGCUGCCGAGCGUAUGUGAACUCUUUGACACAUGAGGGGGAGUCUGCCUGUUACCUGGCAGCACAGCGUGGAAACCUGGCAGUAGUCCGUCUCCUCCUGAAAGCACAUGCCAACAUCAACCAGCUAACCAACGACCUGUCCUGUCCUCUCUAUGCAGCUGUAGACGGCGGGCACAAAGAGGUUGUAGAGCUGCUGGUCGGUAAAGGUGCAGAGGUCAACAGAACACACACUGCAUCCUGCUGGACCUGCCUUCAUCAAGCUGUUUAUAAGGGUCACAGUGAAAUCGUGCGCAUGCUGGUUAACGUGUGCAACCUGGAGGCAGUUGACGACCACAAGAUCUCCCCUCUGUUUGUGGCUUCACAGUAUGGACAGCAGGAAUGUCUGGAGAUCCUUGUUCAUGCUGGUGCCGACGUGAACACCCAGGCAGCUGACCUGGCCACACCGCUGCUGAUUGCGUCUCAGGAAGGCCACCAGGCUUGUGUGGAUUUUUUGUUGGAUCAUGGUGCAGAUCCUAACAUAACCUGUAGCCAAGAAUGGCCCCAGCUGCCCAUCCAUGCAGCUGCUGAGUUCGGCCAUAGCGGUGUCCUGAGGAGGCUGAUAGCCGUUACAGAUCGUGUGUGUGACCGCGGCGACGGCAGGGUGAGUCCGCUCUACGUCGCUGUCCAUGGCCAUCAGAGCAACAGCGUCAAGCUGCUCUUAAAGGAAGGUUACAGCCCAGACGCCCAGGAUUGCACACACAUCUUGGGCCUCCGAUCACCGCUCUCAUUCGCCUUGUGUUGUUCAUCCAACAAACCGUAUAGUGAAUCAGCGAGGUUGCUGAUAGCUGCGGGAGCGAGUUUGAUGGAGGAGGACUGGAUUCACGCCUUGGCCAUUGACAAAACAGACCUGCUGCAGCUGAUACUCGAGCACAGAUGGGUCCCUCGACAGGAGCGUUUAAUCGGGGACUCUUCUCUACCGAGUCAUGAAGGGAAAACGGCUUUAAAGCUGCAGGAACUGAGAGAGCUGCUCAGUGUGGCACUAAACCAGGCGCAUUUUGCCGCCUGCUGGCUUCCUCUGCUGCUAAAGGCCGGACUGGAACCAUCUUUGCUGCUUCAGCCCGUCAUGUUGGAACAAGCAGACGGUGAAGUGUUGAAUUAUCUGCUGGAGUUCGUAAACUGGGCGACUCUUUCUGCCCCUUUGAAACAAAUUCUGUGUCGAAGACGGACGGAGAAGACCUGGAAACCAUGUCCGCAUUUUGACUCCGUUCCAAGUCUCUCCCACAUCUGUCGGCUGCAGGUGAGGACAGUGUUGGGACCGGAUCUACUGACGAGGACCGAUGUGGUCCAGCAGCUCCCUGUGCCCUCACCACUUCAUGGCUUCAUCCAAUUCAGAGACAUCCAGGAAGCUUCCUUCACACACUCGUCGCCAUCACCGCGUUUGAGUUGAAUACAGGAAAACAACAACAGAGACAUGUUUGAUGACUCCUCAAUAUCCAGUUUUCCCUUUAUGUUGCUUUGAGGUGCUUAAAAUCAUCUUAAAUCACAGUUUCACAUAUUUAUUCUGUAUCAGCUUGUUUCAGCACCUCGGGAAGUUAUAUGAUGUUUACAUUGAGUGCAAGAAUUCAUGUUUUUAUGACCAUCAAAUGGAAAUAUUUUUUCACUUGUUUUUUUUUUGGACACAUUUCAUCAAAAUUCUGCAUAUUUUGUACCAUUGAAAACUUUUGGAUCACUAGAAUUUAAAAUGAGGUUCAAAAAGAUUAACAGGCACUUUAAAAAACGACCAAACGAUACUUCACCUGUUGCUUUCCGAAUAUCAUUUCACUUAUUUAUGUGUUGUAAUAAACUCCUGCUGCAAGUAUUCACAUUUGUCACUGGGCUGUUUUCUUCUUGUUUCUUCAGUUGGCUGUGAAUACAUCAUGAUGUAUGUGAAGAGUUUAAUAAUAAAAAAAUAACAAUACAUUUAA